AUGUCAGAUCAGCAUAUUCCAGCAUGGCAGCGAAUCAAAAUUAAACAAACUCAAAAAGAGGACGGAAGUAAUGAUUUUGCUGAGGAAGAUCCAUUAAAUAUAACGACCCAUUUAGCCACGGGGAGUCUUACCAAGAAAGAGAAGCAGAAAUUGAUUAGAGGUGAUAAUAACACCAAUAAGAUAGCAAAAAAGAAGGUUAAAUCAAACAGUAGGAAAAAAGAGAAAUUAGCGAAGGAUGUACGAGAAGAGAUAAAGAGGAAGACAGUCCUUAAAGAUCAGUUACGGUACUUGAUCGAUUUUUAUUUAGAAAAGGUCUCUGACAAAUUGCCAGACGAUGUCCAAGAUUUGGAGAAUGUCAAGAUCAAUUAUCCAGAAGAAAAGCUGCAGAAGAAGUCCGAUGAAGAGCUUGGUGUAGUAGACGUGUGGAAAUUUUCUAAGCAAAAACAGAACUGGCUGAUUAAACAUUUCUUUAAUGUCGAAGAAUUACCACUCGAGUACAAUGAGCUAAUAAUGCAGUAUUUCAAAGACUUGAAGGGUGAAACUUUGAAGCAGAGCAUAUCCGAGAAGUGCCAAAAAAAGAUAGAAGAAUGGAACAGCUAUGUGGAACGAGAACUUGUUAAGAUGAAAGAGAUUGUCGAAGGAAACGAUCAGGAAGAAAACAGUGAAGGGAAUGAAGACACUGAGAAGCAAGUGGAUGGCGAUCUGAAGAAAAAUGAGGAGGAACUAGAGAUUCCACCGAACAAGGAUGUUGCCUCGAGGUGUCUGAAACUAAUUACAGUAUGGGGAUCUGACAAUGGGCAGGAAUUGAAAACUUUUUGA